AUGGCGGUUACUUACUGAUUUCAGGAAAAAAAACUAAGGAGCCUUUUUGCUUCUUUUAAUGGCGGAUACUCGAAACGGCAAGUCCCUUUUCUUCUUCUUUGUCUCGCUUAUUUUGCUUUUCCUUUCGCCGUCUUUUUCGGAUGUCACAGCUUCCGAGUCCGAUCCGAUUCCUUACGAGAACUCAGAUGCUUCUCCUGGAGUCGUGGCCAGCAGUGAAUCCGACAGGCAAGGUGUUUCAUUGCAUAGACUAGAGGAACUUGUUAGGAAUCUUACGGAAGUAGUUGCUAGAUUAGAUGCUAAGUUAUCUGAAACUCCGUUUAAGGUAAAGAAAGAGAUCAGUCGUGAUGAGAUCGAAGAGAAAGCCAAGGCUUUUUCCGUGACAAAGUACAGUCCUUUCUGGUCUGAGAGAUUCGAAUUCACAUCAGCUGUGAAACUAGACUCUGAAGCGACUUGUAUCAACGUGUUGCCGUUUCGAGAUCACGAAGGUUUUAGCAAGUAUUUCGCAGUUGGGGAUUCAAGUGGUAGAGUUUUUGUGUUCUUGAGAAAUGGGGAUGUUUUGGUUGAGUUUUUCACCACCUGCGAUUCACCAAUCACGGCAAUGGUGUCUUACAUGUCUGUGUAUAAGAACGAGAGUUUCGUGGUGACGGGCCACCAAAGUGGAGUCAUCUUGUUGCAUAGACUCCGCGAGGGCUCCAUCGGGGAAGAUUGGAAUUCCGUUGUGAUGGAAAAUGUUGGCAAGUUUGAUGGCACGGAGGACGGUUUGCAAGUGACUCUAUUGGAAGUGCAUCAUGUGGGUCGGGUUAGGUAUAUAUUGGCCGCAGAUCUUAGCGGAAAGCUCACGGUUUUCACUGAGAACAGGACGGUUUAUGGCUCGGUUACCCCAACGAGUAGACCGCUCGUGUUCUUGAAGCAGAGGUUGUUGUUUCUCACUGAGACUGGUGCUGGUUCGUUGGAUUUAAGAAGCAUGAAGAUCAAAGAAUCGGAGUGUGAAGGUCUAAACCAUUCUCUAGCAAGAAGUUACGUUUUUGAUGCGUCGGAACGGUCUAAAGCUUAUGGAUUCACAUCCGAAGGCGAAAUCAUUCACGUAUUGCUUCUCGGAGACAUCAUGAACUUUAAAUGUAGAGUGAGAUCAAAGAAGAAGGUUCAAAUGGAGGAGCCUGUAGCGUUACAAGCCAUCAAAGGCUAUCUUCUUAUAGUCAACCAAGAGAAAGUCUUUGUGUACAACGUAUCGACUCAACACUAUGUUCGAACCACGGGUCCUCGGCUUCUUUUCCCGGCUGCAUUAGAAGAUAUCAGGUCAACGUUCUUGAGCCAUCGAGAAUCAUCAAAAACCACCGAUCACCAGAAGCUAGAAAAGGUAACUCCUUUGAUAGCAAGCGACCGCGAAAAGCUGCUUGUGAUGGGUUUAGGAGACGGAUACGUCGCUACAUACAAAUCAAAGCUUCCGAUCUCCAAAGCAGAGUUCAACACAAUGCUUUGGAGCAGUCCUGUCUUCUUCUUCAUACUUUUCUUAUUCGGCGCUUGGCAUUUUUUCGCCAAGAAGAAAGAAUCUCUCACUGCUUGGGGACCUGACGAUCCUUUCGCCUCCACGACAAUGUCUUCUUCUUCUAGUACUACAACUGCACAAAACAGUUCCGCAUUUGCUGAAAGGAGAAACGACGACCACAUGGAUCUUCGAAGAAGGUACCUUUCGCCAUCUCGGUAUCCUCCUGGAGCAGCAACAGGUGCAUACCGGUCAGUGGGGUCUAACGACCCGAGCUCAAGAGCUCCAGUGGAAACUACUAACUACAGAACAACCGCACAGGAGAUGAAGUAUCGUGGUGGAUUCAUCUACAGUAACCUAUGGGUUCCGUGGAGAACCCAAUCUCACUUCAGGAAGCAGAGCGUGACGGGUCCUCGUUACCGGAUAUUCAGUGGAAACUCCAGCGAGGUGAGCCGACUAACGGCGGAGGCUAAAUCAAAGCCGAUUCCUUCCGGGAGCAAUCCUCAUGAGUUCGUCCACCGUGUGGCGCCUCACUACCACGCAUGGUCACGUGUCUACGGGAAGACGUUCCUCUACUGGUUCGGGUCGAAACCUGUGGUGGCCACGUCGGAUCCGAAACUAAUCCGUGAAGCUUUGACGACGGGUGGGUCGUUUGACCGAAUCGGGCAUAACCCUUUGUCUAAGCUGCUUUAUGCUCAGGGUCUUCCUGGUCUUAGAGGUGAUCAAUGGGUUUUCCAUAGAAGAAUCGCCAAACAAGCUUUUACAAUGGAGAAACUCAAGAGGUGGGUGCCAGAAAUGGUGACAAGUACUAUGAUGUUGCUUGAGAAAUGGGAGGAGAUGAGAAACGGAGAAGAAGAGAUUGAGUUAGAGGUACACAAAGAGAUGCACAGUUUGUCUGCAGAUAUGUUAUCAAGAACAGCUUUUGGGAACAGCGUGGAAGAAGGGAAAGGAAUCUUUGCGCUGCAGGAGCGUAUGAUGCGUCUUUUCUAUCUGGUUCGAUGGAGUGUUUAUAUCCCCGGAUUCAGAUUCUUUCCUUCGAAAACGAAUAGAGAAAUAUGGAGGGUUGAGAAACAAAUCCGUGGUUCUAUCCUGAAACUGAUCGAAAACAACAAAACAGCUGUUGAGAAAUCAGGAACUCUGCUUCACGCUUUUAUGUCUCCUUACACGAAUCAGAAUGGUCAAGAAGAGAAACUUGGGAUUGAAGAAGUUAUAGAUGAAUGCAAAACGUUCUACUUUGCAGCUAAGGAAACAACUGGUAACCUUAUAACAUGGGUCUUAGUUCUCUUAGCUAUGCACCAAGAAUGGCAAAAAAUUGCUCGGGAAGAAGUCAUACGCGUUCUCGGACCAACAGGGCUUCCCACUCUAGACAUCUUACAAGACUUCAAGACUCUAAGUAUGAUAAUCAACGAGACUCUCCGGCUCUACCCUCCAGCAAUGACAUUAAACCGUGACACUCUUAAGAGAGCUAAGCUCGGAAACCUUGACAUUCCUGCAGGAACUCAACUCUAUUUAUCAGUGGUCGCGAUGCACCACGAUAAAGAAACAUGGGGAAGUGACGCAGAGGAGUUUAAUCCGCGUAGAUUUGAAGAUCCCAAGAAACAAUCAGCUCUGCUUGUGCCGUUUGGGUUAGGGCCUAGGACUUGUGUGGGACAGAAUCUUGCUGUGAAUGAGGCCAAAACUGUUCUGGCUACGAUCUUGAAGCAUUACAGUUUCAGGUUGUCUCCAAGUUAUGCUCAUGCUCCUGUUUUGCUUGUGACCUUGCAGCCUCAAAAUGGUGCUCAUCUUCUCUUUAGUAGGAUUUCGAGUUAGACACUACCAAGAUUGGUUGGUAUUAUGGUCUCCGGUUUAAUCCGGUUUAGGGUACAAAAAUGUCUCAACUGCUUAGGAAAGGAGUACUGGUAGACUCCUUAGGCUUAUGAUUUGAUCAUCUUUGUGCUUUUGAAACCUCGAAAACGGUUUGGUUUUUGUACGAUUUUUAGUGUUGAAUGCUGUGGAUUUGAGGGGAGAAUAAUGAAUAAUUGGUCCUGCUUUGUAGAAUUGUAAUAAAUUUGGUUGUGCUGA